CCUUUCAAUUUCUCUCCACCACAAAUUCGAAAAAUGUUGGGGCUAACGUCGAAGAGAAUUCUACAAGGUCUAGCGUCACGGUCGGCGCAGUCACCGGCCGUUCAGGUCCUGCCACGUCACUACCACGAAAGGGUCGUCGACCACUACAACAAUCCCCGGAAUGUUGGAUCGUUUGACAAGAGUGAUCCAACGGUGGGGACCGGCCUCGUUGGAGCACCGGCAUGUGGCGAUGUCAUGAAGCUUCAAAUUAAGGUCGAUGAGAGUACGGGCAAGAUUGUCGAUGCCUGUUUCAAGACCUUCGGCUGUGGAUCAGCUAUCGCGUCUUCUUCUGUCGCUACUGAAUGGGUGAAGGGCAAACAAAUGGAGGAAGUCCUAACCAUUAAAAACACAGAAAUUGCCAAGCAUCUAUCACUCCCUCCAGUUAAGCUACACUGUAGCAUGCUUGCCGAGGAUGCCAUCAAGGCAGCUGUUAAAGACUAUGAAGCUAAACGUGGUACCAACUCUAAGGCCAGUUCAGAGGCAGCCCGUCUAGAGAAGGCAGCUGAUGCAUGAUUUUGUCCGCAUGUAUAAACAAUGAUGAAAAUAUCUUCAACUGGGUUUUCUUCGUACCUACAGUUUACCCGGUUCUUACAAUAAUAGGUUGUGCUUUGUUACAGCUUCUGAGUAGGCUCUUCUCUUCUGUAUGUAAGAUAUUCCCACAAGGAAAAUUAUUGUUUCCUCGUAAUGUAAAUUAGAUAUUAGUAAGGUUUGAACUUUGAAAUUUUUUUGGGUGUAUCCACAUCGUGAAAUGAAUAAUAGUUUAUACACCUAUUGAGAUUUUUGCGUUGAAAGUUUUUAAGUUGGGCGAUAAUAACUAUUGAAUCUUGGUUCA